AUGGAGAAAAUCCACCAGUCAUUUCAGGAAGUCCUCAACCAUGUUCGACCCGAAAUGGCCGUCCCGACCGCACCCCUUCAGCCAUUAGUCGCCGCGACACUCGCACCACAAGGCAAUGGGCCUGACCCAGAGAUCUGGCCUUCGUCGCAACAAAUCGCCGAGGUGCCGUACUUUGCUCCUACUCCGCUGAUGGAGCGUUUACCAGGCCCUUUGAGCGUGCCAGCGAUGGAAGAUGCCAGUAGUGGGUUACCACCCACAGCGGUGCUACAUGAGCUUGUCGAGCUGUUCUUUGAAUUAGUUCAUCCUUGGGCGCCAUUGUUCUGCAAGCCAAAUUUCACAGCCGGCAUGUUUGCACCGGAUCGCCAGGUCCUUCUCCACGGCAUCGUGGUCGUGUCUUUCCGUUUCUGGAGGAACCCAGCACCGUCUGCCCAGGAGAAGGACAACUUCGUCAAAACAUCCCGUGAGCAGGUUUUACUAAAAUCCGUAGACACAUGUUCCUUGGUUUCAACUCAGGCACUGGCACUCCUGGCCUUGGACGCUAUUGGCCAAGGACCCGGUCCACGAACGUUGAACCUGAUGAGCAUGCUCAUAACGGCGGCGCAUCAGCUGGGCCUGGCAAAGACUCGUUCUCCGACCACGCCAGAAACGAACACUCCUCUGGUCCGGAACGAAGAACCUCUUGACGGAGCCGACUUCUCCAACAUUUCAAAGGAGGAGAAACGGCGUCUUUUUUGGAUCAUUUACAGCCUCGAUCGCUUCUCCAGCGUUGCUCACGGACAGUCCGGAGGCAUUGACACAAAGGCGAUCAAACUACCAUAUCCUCUGAACGACGGAGAGUGGAACCAGACAGUGACACCCGAAUGGUUUCAGGCCGGGCAACAGACCAAGCCUUCACAUGCUUAUUGCUCUGCCAGCCUAUGGCACCAUAACAUCGACCUGCUGGCAUCGCUGGACCGAUCUAAUCAGCUGUUGAUCCAACCUGUCGAUCUAUCACUCCCCGCCCACUGUCAGGAGUGGCAGAGCGUCUUCCGACGCCUGGAUAUCACCAUGACUACGUGGUUCGAGAACUUGCCCAAAGACGUCAGGGAACGACCGGCCACUUUCGAUCCAAUGUGGGUUAUGCUGCAUGCCACGUUCCAACUUGUCAAUAUUCGAAUGUAUACAGUUGCCGCUUUCCCAUCCACAACUUCGCCUUACCUCAAACCAUCUGCUUCGGCCCGCGGGCGGUGUCGUCAGGCUAUCAGAACAGUUGCAUCGCUAGCGAGCUCUCUCCAGCCACAAGAGUUUGAUCGGCUAAACCCAAUGUUUGCCUUCGUUGUAUGGGUGGCCGCGAGGAGCUUGAUCAUCCUUUGGACGACCGGCUAUGAAAAUACCUUUGGGUCCAUGCCGGUAGAUCUGGAGCCCUUGCUCAGCGUUCUGAGACAGAUGUCGACACGAUGGAUGUGUGCUCAACGGUAUGCCGACAUCAUUCAGCUGAUCUUAGACACGAAGAACAAUCCUGGCGGGCCUACAGGGCUAGAAAUCUUCAACGACACAAGGCGAACAUCCUAUGGUUUGCAGAAUCUUCUUGGGACUUUAGUAGCACACCGAGCACCGGAGUCGUUCUCUAACUCAUUUGAUUUCCUUGACAUGCCGCUUCUGGACCUCGGUGACUUCGGACCUUCACGGAUCGGCAACUUCGUGACAGACAACGAUGGUGAGUGGUUAUGA